AUGCACUUCUUCUGGCAGGCUGCCGAUCCCCGCACCUACCAGCGCCUGCACCGUGGCAGGGUCGAGGUCGGCCUCGACCAUCGUGAGCCGUUUCUCCGCGCUCAGACGAGGCUCCGUGCCUGGACGUUGCGUGGUCGUCAGAUCGUCGUGGUCGACACUGCUCCAAGGAGACGCUCGACGUGGACACGCAACCUGGCAGUGGGUAACACUGCCGCCGGCUCUGCUCCUCCUCCGCCUCCUCCGCCUCCUCCUCCUCCUCCUCCUCCUGAUCGACGCCCUUCAGGCUCUGGUGCUGGCUUUGCCGCUGCCGGUGUUCCUGCUGCCGCCGCCGCCGCUGCUGCUGCGCCUCCCGUCGCCUCUACCACUGUCGACGAGAACUCGUGGCCGUGGAGUGAGGACGAAAUUCUUUAA